AUGAGUGAGUUUGGCUGGAUCAUCGCCAUCAAGGUAAUGCUCAUCGUGUGUGCAAUUGGCAAAAAUGCUAGCUCCUCUCCGCCGGAAUCGCGAUAUAAAUGGACCACGGUGGACUGGCUGGAGGCCCAGAAUGUCAGCUAUGAGGCACACAAUGUUACCACGGCGGAUGGAUAUCAGCUGCAGGUGCAACGUUUGCCACGUCUGGGAGCUAAGCCCGUGCUCCUGGUCCACGGGCUACUGGGCUCCUCGCUGGGAUGGGUCUGCCUGGGACCAGAGAAGAGUUUGGCCUUUCAAUUAUUCAAUCGGAAGUAUGAUGUUUGGCUGGCGAAUCUGCGCGGAGUGUCACCCUACGGACGACAGCACACGGACUUAACCGACGUGAUGGCCGAGUUUUGGAGCUUCAGCUUCCACGAACAUGGAGCCUACGAUUUGCCGGCCAUAAUUGACCACAUGGCGCGGGUCACAUCCGGCGAGCAGGGGGAUCCCGCAAAGGAAGGAGGAAAAGCAGAGGAGGAGGGUCAAGUAGAGGAGGAGGCUCAAGGGGAGCAUGAGUAUGAGGAGCAAGUUCCACGCCAGGUGCUGCUAAUUGGACACUCGCAGGCCUUCAAUGCGUUCCUGGUCCUCUGCUCGGUGCAUCCGCGAUUCAACCAGCGCAUUCAACUCAUUCAGGGACUGGCGCCCCUGGCUCGACUGCAUCGCCAGGUGCGCUUCGAUUCCAACCAGGUGCGCCGCCUCAUGAAGUUUGUCAAGAAACGCCAGAAGAUAAGCAAAUUUGAAGUAUUUCCUCCGGGCUACUUGCGAAAAAUAUGCCAGAGCAAACAAGAUCUUUGCGAAUAUUACACCAAACAGUUUGUUGGCAGUGCCCACAGCAAUAAAAAGCUACUGGAAGCAUUUAAUUAUGAACAUUUACUGCAAGGCGGUUCGGCAAAAGAGAUAAAACACCUGCAGCAGAUAUGGAAAUCGGGUGACUUUAUUUCCUACGACUAUGGACCACUGGAGAAUAUGCAAAUCUAUCACGGCGUGGAGGCCUUUGGUUAUAAUUUGAGCCAGAUUACGGUGCCCAUUAUUCUGUAUUUUGGGGAAACAGAUGCUGUUGCCACGCCAAACGGAGUCCAUGGAAUAUAUGCCAGAAUGCUAAAGUCCGUGAAGAGUGUGAGGAGAAUAAACUCCCCGAAAUUCAACCAUUUGGAUUUCAUUGUCUCCGGCGAAGUCAAAAGUCUGGUCAACGACAAAUUAAUUGAGCAAAUGGAACAGUUUCUCGAGGGCCGAUUGCCGUACGUAAUUGAAUGACCGCCAAAUAAAAGGUGUCAUCAAAGGCGUUCAUUGAAGCCCAUUAUAAUAGAAAUGACAAAAAAUAAUUGCCCGGCGAAAUGCUUUAUUUGCCUUGGCAGCCGUCCAAAAUGCCAAUUAUGUAAUGCGGUAGCCAGACCAUAAAAAAAAUAUACAUAUAGAUGUAUAAUUCAAAAAGGCAGCCGCCACAACUGGUCGACACUUUUACUUUCUUUUGAUGGCCAAACAAAAAAAGUGUCUGUUUCCAGUGUCUUUUGUGCUGCUUUUGGUCGAAAAGGUUUGGGUGAUUAAGCCAGCGAAAGAGGAGAAAUAAUGAUAAUUACCUUAAUGGAAUUGCUUGGACUGAAUUUACAACUGUGGGUGGCGUGCACUUAAUAAAUAUUGUAAUUUUAAUGACUCA